AUGGAACCAAUUAUCCAUCCAAUCUUUGAAAAGCAGACGUCGACAUGGCAAUAUAUAGUAGCCUGUCCUCGAACCCUCCAAGCAGCCAUCAUCGAUCCCGUGCUGGACUAUGAUCAGGCUCAGAUGAGCAUCAGCACCACCUCAGCCGAUGCAUUGUUGGACUUUGCCACUUCGCACAAUUAUACCAUCACUCGCCUCCUCGAGACACACGCACACGCAGACCACCUUACUGCAGCAUACUACAUUAAACAAAGAUUGAAGGUGGAGAACCACGCACACGUGCCAAUAUGCACCGGAUAUCGCAUUCGACAGGUACAAAAUACUUUUGCGCGACGGUAUGGGGUUCCGAAAGAUGAGCUCGAUAAUGCAUUCGAUCAUCUCUCCCAAGACGAUGAAACAUUUCGAAUCGGAGACAUAGCAGGGCAAGUCCUCCAUUUACCCGGGCAUACACCCGACCAUAGCGGAUACUUAAUUGGGAGGAAUGUCUUCACAGGCGACUCGAUGUUUAACCCCGACGUAGGCAGUGCACGCUGUGAUUUCCCCGCUGGCGAUGCACAUGCUUUAUACAGCUCUAUGCAGAAACUUCUCUCACUACCAGACGAGUACAAGCUGUAUACUGGACAUGAUUAUCCUCCAUCAUCUGGUGACUACCAGAGUCGAGAUCCGAUGCCGUAUGUGACUGUCAAGGAACAACGAGAAGGGAACAAGCAUGUUAAGGGCGGUACACCCAAAGAGGACUUUGUGCGAUGGCGGCAAGAAAGAGAUUCGGGGCUGAAUGAGCCCCGGCUUCUGCAUCAGGCGUUGCAGGUGAAUAUCCGGGGAGGGAGGUUGCCGCUACAUGCGGAUCGGAGAGUGUUUCUAUCGAUGCCGGUCAGGGUCCCGGAAUCGUGGAAUUAA